AUGAGGACCUCCUCCUUGACGGCAAUGUCACCAGCCAGGCACCAGAGGAUGGUGACCUCUUGUGAGAGCGCUACGCCAGCUGCACGAGCGGUUGGUCUGGGGCAGCGACGGUCAGAGCAUGCCCUGACGGAUCGAAGCGUGCCGACACUGAACAGUCCCUCGCAGAAAAGUCUCCAACCCAGAUCGACCGCAGAGAUCCAGCGCUUUCGCUCAGAGCCAGGGGGUGUCCUGCCACCUCCACGUUGCCGAGCGAAGCAGGGAGAAUCCGAGGUGGAGGCUCCGGCCGUGUUCCUGGAGAUCAGUGGCAGCAGCGCGAAGGAUCUCCCAGUGGCUCAGCGCCGGUUGGGACCCAUGACUCUCAGGAACCAGCCUUGGAUCAUUGGUCGGCGACAUCAGAAGGAGUUCUUGCAACGGACGGUGAAAGAAGAGAGCCUAGAGUUCAUCAGCAGAGACCAUUUCGCGAUCGCUUAUCGAGAAGGAAGUUUCCUGUUGCUGGCCCUCUCCCAGAAUCGCAUUUGGGUGGACCGUGGCAAAGUUGGAAUCAGGAGUCUCCAGCAGGAUGAGAUGAUGCCCUUGCGACCCGGAGACCGAAUUCUGUUGGGCACAGCCCCUGACGAUGCCACCUCCACGAGGGAUUCCAAAGCCCGACUCGAUUGGCUCUUCCAGAUUCAGGAGCAGAAUUGA